UCAAUACACACGAGUUGCAUGAAAACUUGGCCUACACUCCUGCCUACUAUGCUGGGGUGCAAGAUCCCGUUGUUGAUCGUUUUGCGAUGUGAUUUCUGCUUGUUUGAGACAACAACAGUUUUCAAGAUGGUUUCGAAGAGGUUUCUAUUCAUCAUUGCUACAUUUCUGAUCCAUUUUAAAGACUGUAAAAGUGUAAAAUUAACUCCGUCACCCGUCCAAAGUCGCUGGAAUCACCGAGGGGAUGAGGGGUUAUAUUUGCUGCCACACUUCGCCUUGCCCGGAGCGGGAGCGAAGGGGCAAUCCGCUGCUACGUACGGCUCAAGCUACAUGUAUAACAACGCAGUGGAAGAAUAUCAUUCACUGUUCCAAACAUCACCGUUCCUCCCCAGUAUCACGGGAGCAGAAACCUUGUUUCGCUUCUCAUCACAAAAUGGCCGUUCUCUGCCCCGCAUCCGCCGCACAGCUGACUCACUGGAAAAUCCAUCGUCCACUGCCGAUCUUCCGGAAUCUGCCCAGGUUUUUGCAAGACAAGCUGGUGAUUUUACCUUGGGUGGAAGCUUUGCAGUGAAUCUUCCAGCUGGAGUCUUUCUGUGUGGGAGAUUGUUGGAGCCUGCAGGAUUGUGGGUAGAAUCCAUGAUGUAUGCCGUUGAUUUGAUCAACAACAGAACUGAUAUCCUGCCCAACCAUAAACUUGGUUUUGAAAUCAGAAAUGAUUGCUCCAAUCAAAACAGAGUUUUGACGGAAGCCUUGAACUUCGUGGAAAAGGCUCAGCCCAGCAACCAAUGUCCCCUAUCAGACAGCCAAACCAUUGGGGUUGUAGGAACUGGGUCAAGUUCUACAUCUAUUGCCUUGGCUACACUCUUGGGUCUGUUCAGUAUUCCUCAAGUCAGUUACUCUGCUACCAGCCAACUCUUGAGUGACAAACAGCUCUACCCCUAUUUCCUGCGAACCGUUCCCUCUGAUGAAAGCCAAGCUCGAGUCAUGGCCGACCUCGCGGCCCUCAUGAAUUGGAACUAUGUGGCCAUCCUCUUCUCUGCAAACAGCUACGGUGGGCCAGGCCGCAAAGCACUCUAUGAAAACCUGGAUGCCAAGAAUGUGUGUAUCGCACAGGAAUAUGCCCUCGGAAGCGAGAGUGCUGCUGCUGUACCGGUUGAAGAGGUUGUGGCGAAUCUGAAAGCAGAUCCUAAAAUACAGGUUAUCUUCACCUUUGCUGGAAAGACGGACAUCAACUCCGUCUUGAGGGAGGCCAAAGCACAAGGCCUUACCGGACGGGCCUGGAUUGCAAGUGACUCUUGGGGUGAUUCUCUCUCUGUUGUCAGUGGCUUUGAGGACAUUGUUUCAGGGUUGGUUGGCAUUGUACCGAAAGCAAUGAUUGAUCCUGGUCUCAAAAGAUACCUAGCAGCUUUGGACCCCUACAAGAACACCCGCAACCCCUGGUACCAGCUCACUCUGGGAUCAUAUCAUGAUUGUACCUUUGAUGUCCCAAACGAAGACACACCUCCCUGCCAUGGCAACGAAACCUUUGCAUCGAUGCUAGAUUCUCGGGGUGAAGGGGGUUGGACAUCUUUUAUCAUUGAUGCGGUCAAUUCUCUAGCUUUUGGCUUGCAUGAUAUGCUUUAUGAAUGUGAAGGACCAUCAUGCCCUGAUGUGAAUGCCAGUGUCCUUAACACUGAAGAAUAUUUCCAGUAUGUCAAGAAUGUUACCUUCCAAGGCCUCACUAACCCAUCUUUUGGGUUUGAUGCCAACGGAAACCCGCUUGCCCAGUAUUAUAUUAAUAAUCUUCAGGAAACUGAUGGGGACUACGAGUUCAAGGAGGUCGGAAGCUGGGACCCCUUGAAGAAAUUCACAUGGAGCGACAAGAUUAUCUGGUCAAGUGAGGGCGCCGUCCCAGUCUCUCGCUGCUCUGUGGACUGUCCGCCAGGGUCGUAUAUCGUCAGGGAAUCCAUCACUUGUUGUUGGGAUUGUGUCAAAUGUGAAGCUGGCAGUAUCAGCACUGCAGAAAACUCAGAAUCUUGCCAUCCCUGUGAGGCGGGAGAACGGACCAACUCCAACCAGACAUUAUGUAUCGUAAAACCCAUACAGUAUCUCGAGUGGACCGAGCCAUUGAGCAUCGCACUUAGCAUCUUUGCCAUUCUGGGAUUUCUGAGCGUGGUCAUGUGUUUUGGUGUAUAUGUCCAUUAUCGUCACACGCCGACGAUUAAAGCAACCAGUACGGAGCUGAGUUACAUUCUCCUGACGGCGAUCACAAUGACGCUCGUCUGUAUCUUCUUGUACCUCUCAAAGCCAACGGAUCUUAUGUGCAAUUUGCAGAUCAGUGUUCUUGGGUGUAGCUUUGCCCUCUACGUCGCCACCCUCCUGACAAAGACCAAUAGGAUCUCAAGAAUCUUUAACCGUAAGCUUUCCCAGGGCAGACCAUCGAUGUUCCUCAAUAUCAAGUAUCAGGUGAUAUUUGUGAUGGUCAUCGUGUUGGUCCAAGCUUGCCUUCAGAUUCUUCUGAGUCAGAAGUUCCCACCUGAAGCAAUCUAUGAUUACUCCUACCCUGACGUGACUACUCUGGUCUGUAAGGUUAACAUCCUUAGCUCCAUCCUGGCAUUCUUCUACAACCUUCUUCUAGCCCUUUUGUGUAGUUUCCAGGCAUUCCGCAUCCGUAAGCUACCCGGCCAGUUCAACGACUCCCGUGGGAUCUGUUUCUCAAUGCUCACCUUCUGUCUCCUGGCAUUCAUCUUCAUUGCUACGUCAUUCACCACUGCUGGCAGGCUGAAAUCUCUGAUUAGCGCCCUCUCUUGUCUCGCUUGUGCUUUCUCAGGAAUCAUCUGCAUGUUCGUACCCAAGAUAUGGAUCGUGUGUUUCAGACCGGAGCUGAACAUUCGUCAGUCGACGCUUCGAAUUCCGGGGUUAUCAUCCCUCAACACGAUCACUGGGACUGUCAAUUCUGACAGGCGAAAUGCCAGGAGGAAUGCUGUUAUUGUAUUACCGGUAAUCUUUUCUCACAAAUCGUCAUCAUCAUCCAUUAUGUAGAAAGUUCCAGUAGGGGAGAUUGGGGAGAUUAGGGAGAUUC